GAUCUUUCAUAAAAUAAAAAGAUGAAGUUUUGAUAGAAAAUAUAAAUUAGAAAUUUAAUCAUUCCAUUGGAUUCAUUGUUUCYUAACGAGAUAAUAUGCCAGGGAGAGUACAAACAACAUAAAUAUGGGCCGUGAUAGCAGGCGUGGUAGACGGUCUGUGUCACCAAGCGACAGAAAUCGUCGUUCUAGAAGUCCUGACAGAAGUAGAAGAAAGAGAUCAAGAAGCAGAGAAAGAGUUAAUUACAGGGAUCAAGAUCGCAAAAGAGAACGAGAUAGAGGAAGAGAUAGAGAAAAAGACAGAGCACGAGAUAAAGAGAGGGACAGAAGAAGGGACAAAAACAGAAGCAAAAAAAGAGGACGUAGYCAUUCRUCAAGCAGUAGCUCAUCAAGUAGAAGYCCAAGCAGCAGCCCCGACAGRARAGAAAAGAAACGCAAGUCUAGAAGUAGAAGUACUGAUCGCAAGAAACGUCGUCACAGUAGAGAAAGAAGAAGAAGGUCCAAAAGUAAAAGUUCAUCAAAGUCCAGAUCAAGGAGUAGAGAAAGAGAAAGCAAAAGUAGUAAAAGCAGCAAAAGAAAUAAAGAUGAAGAUGACACCUCUGAAAAAGACAAGAAGAACAAGGAG